AUGUUUGUUGGUGGGUUUCUUCGGGGUCUGCCGGCUACUUUUUCUUGCAAGGCAAGUUGUGGCUCUGAUGAGGAACUGUUGAAGGCUGUAGAAGAAAUCGAGUCGGUAUCGACUAAGAGGAAAAAACCCAAUGAAGACUUAUCCGAUGAGGAAUUGUUGAAGUCUAUUCCGCUAUUCGAAUUUGAUUUUCGUUCUGAUGAAAUGAAGGCCAUCGAUAUAAACCAGCAACGAAAAUCUGCUCGAGUGUUCUUCAGCUCACCGUUUGGAGGACUGGAAGAGGAAAGGGAGGAAUUAACGAAGAAAUACUGGCCUCAGUUGUCGUCCAUGUGCAAGAGGGCCGGAUAUGAGUUUGUGCCGGUUGAUAUGAGAUGGGGAAUAACAUCUGAGAUGUCAUCUAACGCGGCUACCAUUGAGAUCUGUCUUCGUGAAAUGGAUCGGUCUGAUAUGAUCGUGGGUUUCUUUGGUCAACGUUAUGGUUGGCAUGGAUUUGAUAAUCUAUUGCAGAAAAGUUUUGAUGUUGCAGCUGUUAAGUAUCCCUGGUUGAACGACUACCGCGAGCGAGCCGUGACCGAGUUAGAAUUUUUACAUGGUCACCUAAGAAACCCUGGGAAGAGAGCUGCUUGCUUCUUCUUCAGAGACAAGUCCUACGACGACUUGAAGCUACAGCUAGCUGAAGAAGCUGGUGAUAAAAGACAGGCGAGGAAGUUUCUUUCAUCGACAGAUGGGCCUAAGGCUGCGGAGUUUUUAGCGGAUUUGAAGAGGAGAGUUCUCGAAACUAAAGACAAAUGCUUGGCUGUCCAUAUGAACUACAAGAAUCCACAAGAAGGAGCCAGGCUAAUGUACGAGACAAUAGAGAAGUUUCUGAAAGAAGAGAUCCUAGUUCGCUCUGUUCAGAAGCUUUCCCCUUUAGAAGAGGAGCGCCUUCAACAUGACCUGUUUAGGGUCAGCAGACUUGCUAUGGGCGGUGUGUUUGUGGGCGGGGAAGACUAUUUACAAAAGAUUGAUGAUCACGUCAAUUUGCAAAGCAAAGAGGGGAGUCCUAAAUAUCUUGUUGUGACGGGAGAUGGAGGUUCUGGAAAAUCAUGUUUGUUGGGAAGCUGGUCCUUGCACCACCAAGAAAAAUUUCCCAACGACGCUGUUGUUUAUCACUUUGUGGGUAGUUCUAGUGGAAGCACUGAGCCAAGGAAGAUACUGAAGCGCCUCCUGGAUGAGCUUAUCAGCUGGUUCAAGCUAAAGAUGUCUAACCAGAAGGAAUCACGUAAAGAGAACUUCACAGGAACUGGUGGUGGAGAUAUUCGCAUUCUUAUCGAAGACCUGUCGGAAACCGUCACGAAUAUUACUAAAGCAGGCUUCCGCACUAUCAUCUUAAUUGAUGCUCUUAACAAAGUCGAUGACAUUGGAAAAACCAACAAGAUAUUACAUUGGCUUCCAAGAGCACUGCCAUCCAAUGCAUACCUCAUAGCAUCGGUAAUUUCUGCCGAAGUCCAAAUGGUCACUGAACUCACUGAAGAAAGAGGUUAUGCUACCAUCAAUAUGGCGUCAUUAACUGAAAAGGAAAGGGAACAAAUUGCAGUAGCAACCCUAAAAGUCCGAGGAAAAGCUUUAUCGUCCGAGCAAAAGAAGAAAGUUGUACAUAAGACGCAAACAGAAAACCCUCUGUACCUGAAAAUUUUACUGGAGGAAUUGUGCAGCUUUGGAGAGUUCUUUCAACUAGACGCACAUCUUGAUUCCUUACUGGAAACGAAAGAUACAAAAGAACUCUUUUAUAAAUGUUUACAGCGGCUAGAAGUGGACUAUAACCCUAAAGAAUAUGAUGGGAAUCUGGUCAAAGACGUGAUGUGCUGUAUAUUGGUGGCUCGACAAGGACUUUCUGAGACAGAGAUCAAGUCUAUCCUCAAGAUAACGGACCAAAUGUGGUCUACCCUUUACUUCGCCAUAGAAGAGUUCAUUUUGGAGCGAUCAGGGAUUUACAGGUUUACCUAUGACGAAUUAUCACAAGCGGUUAAAGAGAAAUAUUGCAUGGACAAGUCAACUACCAUUCAUUACAUCAUAUUAUUGGUGGAUUAUUUUGGAGCAAGACUAAGGGAGAAAGAUUUGGUUUACGAUACUACAAUACCAGACCGCAUUUACACGGAGCUCCCGUGGCUUUUAGUAAAGUGUGGAGAGAAAGAUCGUCUUAUCAAGUGUCUCACAACUGCUUCGAUAUUCUGGUCACUCUUCAGCGAUGAAAAUAAGUACGACCUGGUUAGCUACUGGAACGCAACCGGUUUAACAGGAGAAGAAAUAACAGCUUUAUAUCAAAAGACGCUUAAUGAUCAGCUUGCACUUUUGUAUCUCAAAGAACAAGAGAAAGGAGGAGAAAUGAUCGAUGCUGUUAAAAAGCUUGCCACGUUAGCGUUCCAAAUGUCUGUGUACCAAGGUGAUGCAGGGAAUAUGACAGCUGUUGAACCACUUCUCCAGAGAGCAUUGUACCUGCAGAAGUCAGCUUAUUCAGAAGAAGAGAUCCGUCGAGAUGCAAAAGUAGCAAUGGAUUAUUGUGAAAUGGCCAAUGCAUUAGCUUGCCUGCUUGUGGAUACCGAGCAUUUUGAUGAAGCCGAACCUUUGCACAGGGAAGUCCUCGAGCUCAGCAAAAAGUUUGCCGAUGAAUGGCCAAAUGGGUGGUCAAGAGUAGCAACUUCAUUAAACGGUCUAGGAGUGCUACAUUACAAGACGAGCAAAUUCCAAGAGGCUUUGGAAUAUUACAAUAAAUGUCUUGAGCUUCACCGACAAACCUUGGAACCGACCCAUCAUCUGAUCCCCGACACAAAGAACAACAUUGGUGCUUUGUAUAAGUCUAUGGAACGUUGGGAGGACUGUGCCAAAAUUCUCGAGGAAGCCCUAGAAAUGUACGAAGAAGCAUAUUUUGGCCAGCUUCCGCCUGAUGUGGGUGGUACCUUGUUGAAUCUUGGUAUGGCUUACUUGAGGAUUUACGACAGGAGCAAAGCUGAGCCAUUGUAUCUAAGAGCUUUGGACAUCCGCACUAAAGCUUAUGGACCGAACCAUCAUGACGUAGGUCAGACGUUACUUAGUUAUUCUUCCUUUCUACUCAAUUUGGAUGCUAUCAAGUCAGCUGAAACCGCCAUACGAGCGGCGGAAAUCUUAGAGAAAUCUUUAGGUCCAGAACAUAUUUUUACAUUGAACGCUCAGGAGAAUGUAGCGCUCGGCUAUGCAGUGGCUGGAAAAUUUGGUGACGCUCAUCCGUAUUUCAAGAAAGCAGGAGUGACCAAAUACCGAAAGGGUCAAAUGAAUACGUCAAUUCCUCCGCUGAACGCAGGCAUGGCAGAUUAUUACCUCAACAACGGCCAUCAUGAGGAGGCAAGACAGUUAUUCGAAAGACUGGUAGGCACAGAUUUUGCCUCAGACAGAGAUUUCGCUGCUCUAGACUUUUUAGAUGAAGAUCUACUUGGAGAUAAAAGGCCUACGAGACCAUAUGAGGAAACGGUGGAACAUGGCAUUGAAAAGUUCCCCAAAAGCGCAAUGAUUUUUGGGCGAUUGCUUCCAAAAUUAGCUAAAAGUGGAGACUCGCAGAGAACGUUAAUGAUUUUAGGAAAAGGUGAUUUUGGUCCCGAGAAGUACAAUGAGUCAUAUCUGAGUUUUAUUGAAAAUCAGCACAGGAAACAAGGCCUUGAUGUAAUCCAGUCUGCGCACGAGAAAUUUCCAAGUGAUACGAUAAUUCUUGAGAACUUAGCAAAGUGCCACGCCUUUUAUGAGGACUUCGUUACAGCCUCAACGUACUUUAAAAAGCUACUCAACUUGAAACCCGAUGAUGCCAGUGUCAUGGCUACUUAUGGGAGAGUUUUAGCUAUGACAGGAAAGACAGAAGAAGCCAAAAAAAUGUUCGAAAAAGGAUUAAACUGCGCCGAGGCUCAAAAUGAAAAACAACUCAUUGAGCAGUUCAAAGUGAAUUUAAACCUCCUAAACGAGAUGUAAGUACGAAAGCAACAGAAUAACCUUGGGUCCAGAAGUAUAUGGACACGUAACAAUCCAAGCGGACGCGGAAUACAUGUCGCUGAAGUGAAACAAUGCGGGCACACUGAGACCACAACACUGGCGAACGUCAUCCAAAAGGCCCAAGGCCCGACAUCUUUUUUUAAACCCAUAAGGUUAUCAGCCUAAGUGCCAUUACACCGAGCUGUGAAGGCGAAUGACAAAAACAAAACUAAAUUACAGACAAGCAUAGUAACUUUAGUAUGAUUAGAAAGAAAUAGCUAAAAUAAACCCAAGUACUGAUUACGCAAAAACCGCUACAAAGAGAGAACGAAGAAAGACGAGAUGAAUAUGUAAAAGAGGUAAACCAGGAAAGAAAAUUCAAUUCCCUGAUUCAUCAGUAAAUUAGGUCCUGAAACCAGCAAGGAAGGUAUGGUUUUGUGAAUUGGAGCCCAAAAAAUCGCAGAGUAGAAACAAUACCGUAAAGUGUAAAUAGAUCACAUUUUGGGUUUCACAUUGGAUGAAAAUUGUAAAGUGUCUCUUCUAACUUUUAGCAUUAUUAGUGUAAGGGAUAGAAGAACCUAAGUUUCAACUGACACUAUUUCACCCUCAACCCUUUUUGUCAGAAAAAGGAGUGGUUUAGAGUGGAGACACAACCUGAUGUAAAUUUAAAUUCCAUGUGCACGGUGGUGCGGAGGGCAAUUACUCCUAUGUCCUUGUAAAGAAUACAGAAUAAAAUCUAAAACUGUUAGGUUUGCCUAAAUAGUGAGAGAAAGUCCCCAGAAUAAUUAUUUUGACGUACUGUUACUUGUCAAAUUGUUCCUUCUUUGCAAGAUAAGCUUGGAGAGAAUGUAAAACCAUCUUUAAAAAUGUCCUGCGAUGUAUCAUACUUUAUCGACGGCUUUCCUAAUGGCUGACAUUAGUAUGCGAAAUUUUAAAUACUUCAGUUAUUUAGAUUUGUAAAGAGUUCAGUCAACCUUAAAAACCUUUUUACGUCAA